AUCCAUUUUUCUUAUCACUCCCUCAAUGCUAAACCCAGGGAGAAUGAACACUCUCUUCUUCCAAUCUCCCUCUCAGAUUUCAUCACCUGAAACUCCCAACAUUAUCCCUCAAAACAAAAUUCAAACUGUACCCAAUCACAAACCCAGAAAUGUUUCUUGGGUUUCUUCUCUGCCUUCCUGCCAACUGAUCCUUCACAAAUCUCUUCCUUUGGCUGUUGCUCUGCUUCUCUCUGCGAGUCCAGCUAAAGCAGGACUUAUGUCUGGAUUUUCUGGGCUGGAAUCAAUACCUGGUCCCCAGAUUCCUCAAAUUGAUUUUCUUAACCGGUUCAAUGAAGAAAACCAGAAGAAGUACGCGGAAAAUGAUGCGAGAUUCAAAUCGUCUCCCAUACUUAAGGAGCUACUAGAACGAUCCAAGCAGAACAAAGAGAAGAAUCGUCAGCAAGUGCUUGAUAAGUACUGCAUUCGCGGAGCAGAAUGGGGUGUUGGAGAUUGUUCAGCAGAGGGAAUGUCGCCUGAGGAAAGAGAGAAGUUCAUUUCUAUGCUAAAAGAGAAAGCUGGAAUGAAAUAAUUCAAGCCACUUUCAGUAAAUACUUUUUUUUUUUUUUUAAUAUAAUCCUGUGUGCACUUUUAGCAUUCUCUUUUAUAAAUCUCUUGAAAUACUACUAGAUUUUAUUUAACAAUCUCUUGGGAUA